UUGAAUUCGUUCGUCUUUUUAAUUUUAACGAGUACUUGCCAUAUUUCCGACAUCCACCCGGACGUCAGUGGAAUGGACAUUCAUCACAAAGCAAUACUAUACCAUUGGCCAUUGGGGAUAAUUUCUUGAUUUUUAUUUCACGGCACUAAUUUCUUGAUUCCAUAGGCACCGCCCAAUGAAACGUUUAGGGCAAUUCAAUUCAUCCCGCCAACAUCGAACGGGAGGAUUUAUCGCUUAAACCCUAACAAAAAGUAGGAGCAGUAGAUUUCUCCAUUAUGUUCGAUUUUUCGUACUCGUAACUCGGUCUGACUCUCACUCUCAAUUCUCCUCUGAAAACCCUAACUGAAACCAAAGCUCAUAUAGCAACUCAAGAUGAGCUUCGCAGCGUGCAAGAUGAUGCACCCUCCCACCGGAAUCGACAACUGCGCCUCCGGCUUCAUUACUCACUCCGUCGCCGAUUUCACUCCAAAAUUCCCUCCAAUCCAAACCGACGAUCUGGACUCGGACUGGCCCUCUACUCCCAAGCCCAUUGGCCCCCUCCCCAAUCUCAUUCUCACUUCCGCUAAUGUUCUCGAGCUUUACACCCUUAGGCUUCUAGAGGAAGCUGCUUCCAGAGACUCCAAAACGCCCAUUGAAGCCCAACGGGGCGGCGUCCUCGCUGGUAUCUCUGGCGCUUCUCUAGAACUCGUCUGCCAUUACAGACUGCAUGGCAAUGUGGAGUCCAUGGGGAUUUUAUCAUCGGGAGGCAUUGAUGGUGGGAAGAGGAGGGAUUCAAUUAUCCUAACUUUCCAAGAUGCUAAGAUGUCAGUUUUGGAGUUUGAUGAUUCUAUUCACGGGCUACGCACAAGCUCACUGCACUGUUUCGAAGGUCCAGAUUGGCACCAUCUUAAAAGAGGUAGAGAAUCUUUUGCCAGAGGUCCAUUAGUGAAGGUUGAUCCGCAGGGAAGGUGUGCUGGAGUUCUUGUUUAUGGUCUACAAAUGGUCGUGCUCAAGGCUGCUGAGGCCACCUCUGGUUUAGUCAGUGAGGAUAAUGCUUCUAGUGCGGGAGGUGCAGUUUCUGCUCGCAUUGAGUCAUCAUAUAUAAUUAAUCUGAGAGAUCUGGAUAUGAAGCACAUAAAAGAUUUUAUAUUUAUCAAUGGUUACAUUGAGCCUGUGAUGGUUAUUCUUCAUGAACGGGAGCUUACUUGGGCAGGGCGCGUCUCCUGGAAACAUCACACUUGCAUGAUAUCAGCACUUAGUAUCAGCACAACAUUGAGGCAGCAUCCACUGAUUUGGUCGGCCACUAAUCUGCCUCAUGAUGCCUACAAGCUUCUUGCAGUGCCAUCUCCUAUUGGUGGAGUCCUUGUCCUCUGUGCUAAUACUGUUCACUAUCAUAGUCAGUCAACAUCAUGUGUACUUGCUUUGAACAACUAUGCUGUUCCUAUGGAUAGCAGUCAAGAGAUGCCAAGGUCCAAUUUUAUUGUGGAGCUUGAUGCUGCAAACGCAACCUGGUUAACGAAUGAUGUAGCUAUGCUGUCAGCAAAAACUGGGGAAUUGCUUUUACUUACACUAAUUCAUGACGGGAGAAUUGUUCAGAGAUUGGAGCUUUCAAAGUCAAGAGCUUCAGUGCUUACUUCAGGUCUCACAACCGUUGGAAGUUCAUUUGUAUUUCUAGGUAGUCGUUUAGGUGACAGUAUACUGGUACAGUUUACUUGUGGAGCCGGGGUGUCAGCGUUGCCCCUUGGUGCAAAGGAAGAGGUUGGAGAUAUUGAAGGUGAUCUCCCUUCAGCAAAGCGGCUCCGAAGGUCUUCGUCUGAUGCUUUGCAGGAUAUGGUGAAUGGUGAAGAACUUUCCUUGUAUGGUUCACAUCCGAACAAUGCACAGUCUGCCCAGAAGGCUUUUUCUUUUGCUGUGAGAGAUUCCCUAACGAAUGUUGGGCCGCUUAAGGACUUCUCUUAUGGUUUGAGAAUCAAUGCUGACCCAAAUGCUACUGGCAUUGCUAAGCAAAGUAAUUAUGAACUGGUUUGCUGCUCUGGUCAUGGCAAAAAUGGUGCUCUUUGUGUGCUUCAGAAGUCUAUCCGCCCAGAAAUGAUUACCCAUGAAUCAAUACCAGGUUGCAAGGGAGUUUGGACAGUAUACCACAAGAAUGCACGUAGUCAUGUGGUUGAUUCAUCAAAGGUCACAGCUGAUGACGAUGAAUAUCAUGCAUAUUUGAUUAUCAGUUUGGAGACUCGUACAAUGGUACUGCAGUCGGCUAAUAAUUUAGAGGAGGUUACCGAAAAUGUUGACUAUUAUACCCAAGGAUGUACUAUUGCUGCUGGAAAUUUGUUUGGAAGGCGUCUGGUCAUCCAAAUCUAUGCUUAUGGUGCUCGACUUCUUGAUGGUGGGUUUAUGGUUCAAGAACUGAACUUUAGGCCUCCGAAUUCUGAAAUUGGACCUAGUUCUGAAAGUCAAAAAGUGGCAUCUGUUUCUAUAGCUGAUCCAUAUGUAUUGCUGAGAAUGAUCGAUGGAAGUAUUUACCUUCUUCUUGGAGAUCCAUCCAGUUGCACGCUCACCACCACCAAUCCAGAAGUAUUUGAAAGCUCAAAGAAUCUAAUAACUGCUUGCACACUCUAUCAUGACAAAGGCCCAGAGCCAUGGCUGCGGAAGACGAGUACUGAUGCUUGGCUUUCUACAGGCAUUGGGGAGGCAAUUGAUGGGUCUGAUGGUGCCUCCCAUGAUCUGGGGGACGUAUACUGUAUUGUUUGCUAUCAAAGUGGUGGGCUUGAGAUAUUUGAUGUGCCUAAUUUUACUUGUGUAUUUUCUGUGGAAAAUUGUGCAUCCGGGAAAGCAAUCCUCAUGGACACAUUUUCUCCCCACCCAGCCAAAAGUAAUCAGGAAGUUGUGCAAAUGAUUGAGGAUGUGAAUGCACAAGAAAGGAAAGACAAUAGUCAGAAAAUAGGGGUUGUGGAAUUGGCCAUGCAUAGGUGGGCUGGGCAACAUAGCCGCCCUUUUCUUUUUGGAAUAUUGUCAGAUGGAACAAUUCUUUGCUACCAUGCGUUUGUUUUUGAGAAUUCAGAUACCGGAAGUAGAGAUGAGAAACCUGUUAUUUCCCAGAACUCUGGUAAUCUUAGCAGUAUGAAUGGUUCUAGGCUUAGAAAUUUGAGAUUCAUCCGCAUCUCAUUGGACACUUAUGCUAGGGACGAGAUACCAUCUGGAACCCCAUCUAAACGUUUGACCAUUUUCAAGAAUGUUGGUGGAUUCCAAGGUUUGUUUCUCUCUGGGUCCAGACCCACUUGGUUCAUGAUGUUCAGGGAACGGCUUAGGAUACAUCCACAGCUUUGUGAUGGACCUAUUGCUGCUUUCACUGUUCUUCACAAUGUGAACUGCAAUCAUGGGUUUAUAUACGUUACCUCUCAGGGUACACUGAAGAUUUGUCAACUUCCAUCCUCCUUACUAUAUGACAAUUAUUGGCCAGUACAAAAGACAACUUUGAAGGGGACUCCUCAUCAGGUCACUUAUUUUGCUGAGAAGAAUUUGUAUCCCCUUAUAGUAUCAUAUUCAGUCCUUAAGCCGCUAAACCAAGUUCUUUCAUCUCUUGUUGAUCAAGAAGUUGGUCACCAGCUUGAGAAUGAGACUAUGAAUUUUGAAGGGAUGUAUCCUGUAGAAGAAUUUGAGAUCCGCAUUAUGGAACCAAAAAAUUCCGGGCCUUGGCAAACAAGAGCUACAAUACCAAUGCAAAGUUCUGAAAAUGCUCUGACUGUACGAGCGGUUACUUUGUUUAAUUGCACAACAAGAGAAAAUGAAACUCUUUUGGCAGUUGGAACUGCUUAUGUACAAGGAGAGGAUGUUGCAGCAAGAGGGCGUAUUCUCUUGUUUUCAAUUGAAAGAAAUGCUGACAAUUCUCAAAUUUUAGUUUCAGAAGUUUACGCCAAAGAAUUGAAAGGCGCCAUAUCUGCUCUAGCAUCUCUCCAAGGUCAUUUGCUGAUAGCAUCUGGUCCUAAGAUUAUUUUACACGAGUGGACGGGUUCUGAAUUAAAUGGUGUUGCCUUCUACGAUGUUCCUCCUCUUUAUGUUGUGAGCUUAAAUAUUGUUAAGAAUUUUAUUCUUCUUGGAGACAUUCACAAAAGCAUUUACUUUUUGAGUUGGAAGGAGCAAGGAUCUCAGCUUAAUCUAUUGGCUAAGGACUUUGGUUCUCUUGAUUGUCUGGCAACAGAAUUUUUAAUUGAUGGAAAUACACUGAGUCUUAUGGUUUCAGAUGACCAAAAGAAUGUUCAGGUCUUUUCUUAUUCUCCCAAGUUGUCAGAGAGUUGGAAAGGGCAGAAGCUUUUGUCCAGGGCUGAGUUUCAUAUUGGUGCUCAUGUCACUAAGUUUUUGCGAUUGCAUCUGCUUCCAACAUCCCCUGAUCGAACUAAUACUCCUGGGUCUGAUAAGACAAAUCGUUUUGGUCUACUUUUUGGUACCCUAGAUGGGAGCAUUGGCUGUAUUGCACCUCUUGAUGAACUAACAUUUCGGAGGCUCCAGUCACUGCAGAAAAAGCUUGUAGAUGCUGUUUCUCAUGUUGCUGGUUUGAACCCAAGAUCUUUUCGGCAAUUCCGCUCUAAUGGAAGGGCUCAUAGACCUGGUCCUGAUAGUAUAGUCGACUGUGAGCUGCUUUGCCAUUAUGAAAUGCUUCCCUUGGAAGAGCAGCUUGAAAUUGCUCACCAGAUUGGAACCACUCGUAUGCAGAUCAUAUCCAACUUAAAUGAACUCACUCUGGGGACCAGCUUCUUAUGAGCAGGCCUGUUGAAUAUUUUGCCUACAGUGAGCAAGGAAUAGCAGAAGUUGCAGAGCCAUCUGUGUCAUGCUAUUCUGCUGUCAUGGGCUGCAAAAGGACCUUCGACUUGGAAGUUUUGUGCAUAUUGGCCAUUGCUUGUAUCUGUAGUGUUAACGUCAUCCUUCAUCCGUGUUGUACAGUUAUUGAUAAUGUAGUUGCAUCUUUGCUGUAGUUGGACAGCUUCAUCUUAUUUAUAAUGUAGUUGCUUCUUUGGAGUAUGUUUUCACUUUGCUGAGAAAAAUUUCUGGAACGUCUGCCUAACUUUUGAUGUUGUGGUGGGACUUUGUGGGAGUUCGGCUUAGCAAGUCCAACUGAAUGAUUCUGUGAUGUCCAA